AUCACGGUGCCGAUGGACAUGGCCCCUGACUCGUUUGAUGACCAAUACCUGGGCUGCGAGACCAAAAUGUGGGAAGAGAUAGAGAAGGUGAACCUUAUGGAGAUGGAAAAGAACAAGGACUAUGCCGACACCUGGAAGAGGGCAGCUGCAGAAUGGCAGGAGCGCUGUGGCAGUCCCACUGAAUGCCCGGAGCUGAGACAGGAGCUGGCCAUCGCCGUGCUGGCGUACAGUGCUGCAGAUGGGAUGUGUGAGAAGUUCAACGCAGCCACACGUCAGGGCGGACAGAACCACCAGCACUACCUCAACUCGUAUGACUUCAAGACGCUGCACUUCGUCCUGACCCUGGCGCUGCAGGAUCUGCGGAAAUCCAAUCCCAAUGAAUGUUACAACGUCUUUCACAGUGUCAAGGGCAUCCAUUUCACAGCUGAAGAAGGCCAAACUGUACGCUUCGGCCAGUUCACCUCUGCCUCCCUAAAGAAGGAAGUUGCGGAGAAGUUUGGCAAGGAUACCGUCUUUGUGAUCAAUACCUGCUAUGGUGCCCCCAUCAAGCAGUUCUCCUUCUUCAAGUAUCAGGAUGAAAUCCUCAUCCCACCCUUUGAAGUCUUUGAGGUCAUCAAGAUCUCCAAUGGCAAUGGCAGCAACCAAAUCGAACUCCACUCUAAAGAGAAGAAGAGCAACCACAACUGUGAGCUUCUAAAGUGUCAGG